GCCGUUAUAUUUACUUGUGUUUAACAUAAGUAUUUAUAAGUAUUUGUUGAAGAAAGGAAGAGAAAUCGGACAAAUACCUCCAGAAUGAGAGCUAGAGCAUAAAACAUUGCGAUGAACGACUUUUUAGACCAAGAGAAUGACGUUCUGCCCAUAAUUUGAGUAUAACGUAUUCUAUAGAACUCGAAAUCACUCGAUUCGAGUUUCAUGUGAAUGCUAACUCAAUAAGGUACAAAUGUUAUGAAGACGUCAUGGCCAAAAUAUGAAAGGAACAAGACUCAAUCAACCAACAAAGUCAGAUGUUGCUGGUGGGAUUUCAGGAUGCAUACCUCUCAGUAUUUUAGCCAUAACGUUUGAUUGGAUGAAUAAAAUCACGUCAUUCAAGUUUUGGUGGAUAGAAGACUUCAUUAUCUACAACUUUGGUGAAGAAAUCAUGUCCAAAUUCGUAGCGGAACAUCCCCAAAAUCCUGGGACAAAAACCGACACUUUUUGAUCAAUUUCGGAAGAAGAGAAAGGAAGCGCAUUUUUGGGCGUUGCAACCGGCGCCGGUCAGCCUAUAACCGGCGCCGGUUGGAAGGCUUUUUCGCACUAAACGAGCCUGUUUGCGACCGGGGCCGGUUCUAGACUGACCGGGGCCGGUUGGGACGAUUUCAGCUCAAACAAAAGGUCGUGCAAGAGGAUUUUUGAUGGGAAAACUUCACCUUCCCCAUCUCUUGAUCAAAUAUUGCUCCAUAACUGAUUGUUGGGCUCGAAUAGACUAAAAGAUGCCAUUCUUUAGCCUAUAUAAAACCUUCAAUUCAUCAAGAAAACACAUUCCAUUCCAUACUUUAAUUCCUAGUUUUCAUACUUUGUUUUUGCUAUUGUUCUUCAAGUUCUUGAGGAGGAAACUUCAACCUCCGAAACCAUUGGUGUUUAGGUAUUAUUUCCUUUGUAAUUUCAUGUUCCAUUACAUUUCAAUAUUUGUAUUGUGAUUAAUAUGAGCAUUAGAGGCUAAUUUCUUAACUAAGGCUAGGGAUGAACUUCUAUGCCCACUAGGUGUUUGAUAAAAGUUCUAAACCAAUAAAUUGUGAUUUAUCCUUUACAUUUUGAUUGUUUAUGACUAUGGUGUACAACAUAGAAGUAUGUUAAACUUAGUUUAUGCUUGCAAUUAACGUUGAGGUCUAAACUAUGAACACUAAAGGAUAAACAUAUAUAUUACCGAGAAUAGAAAUAUAUCCGGUAUUAUAUGAUACGGGUGUGAUGUCUUGAUAUUCAACGGGGUUUUCGGUAGAUGAAUGUAAGCCGUAACGGGACUUACACGUAACGAAAACCACGCUCUCGCUGCCUUAACCGGAGUUAAGAAUAUAUUAGUGACAUCGUAUUCAUAAUUAUUGGUAAAGAACUAAUAUUCAAUCCUAUUAAAGCAUUUAAGUGAUUCCCGAAGCCUUAGCCGUUGUUAUCAUUUAUCUCAAAUUCGAAUUAAUCAAGGUUACUUCCUUGAAUUAAAAGUGAAAAGCCAAAAAUAUAAAACACAACUCAAAAUCCCUGCACUUUACUCAUUUAUUUAUUUAAAGUCAUCUACUCUCGGACUAAAUUAAACAACGUUUCCCUGUGGAUUCGACCCGGUAUUUUACCGGAAUUUAUUACUAUAUCGGCACUUGUACACUUGCAAGUUUAGCCCGGUCAAGUUUUUGGCGCCGUUGCCGGGGAAACGGUCUUGUUUAAUAAAGUCCAAACAAUCAACCAAUCAAAAAUCCUGAAUUUAUUUUUCACAACUUCACUUGAUCUUGGAAGGAUUUUUGUUUUUUCUUGUGUAGAUAUUCACUUGUGUUUGCAUGCAAUUGAGAGGUCAAGGUUCUAAAAUUCUUGAACCACUUGAUCUUGAAAUAGAAAAAACUUGCAAACACAUUCGAAGGGAGCAAAAAGCUACAAAGAUGUUGCCAACUUUGAAUGAGAGGAAGAGACCCGUGGUGGCCGCUACGCCAUCUUGCAUCACCUUGAGCGAGGAAGCAAGAGACUAUGAGCUAAGGCAAAGCUACUUCAACGCUAUGCCUCAGUUUCAUGGUUUGCUUGGGGAAAAUCCACUCAACUUCAUCACGGAGUUCUACGGAUUCAUUCAAGGAAUCCCUAGAAAUGGCUUGGCGGAGGAUCAACUCAAGCUCAAAUGCUUCCCCUAUACUCUCAAAGGGGCGGCAAGAGGAUGGUUCCUAGAGCAAGCUCCGACAAGCUACACAACAUGGGAAGGUAUAUACAAUGCCUUCAUGUCUAAGUACUACACGCCCACCAUGACUCAAGAGCUUAGACAACACAUUUUCAAUUUCAAACAACAAAAUGGUGAGCUCUUUCAAGACGCAUGGCGGCGUUUCAAAUCAUUGCUAAGGGAAUGCCCACAUCACCGCAUUCCCCUAGACCUUCAAAUUGACACGUUCUACAAUGGUUUGAAUGCACCUUGUCAAGCCAUUGUGGACAACCGAGCCGAGGGAUACAUUGGAAAUAAAAAUGAAACUGAGGCACUCCGAAUCAUUGAAUCUAUUGCCUCAAAUCCUCAACUUCAAGGAGGCGAUUACAAGGUGGUCGGGAUGAAUGAAAUCUCUAUCACAACCGAGAUUAACAAAAGGCUUGAACAAAUGGAAUCAAAAAUUGAGCAAAAAUUCCAAACGGCCCUUCAAGCCGUAUUGGGAGGAGUCAAGCAAAUAGCUAAUGUGGAGAGCAUUCAAAGUCCGGAAGGCAAUUUAUCUCAACAUCUUGAAGAGGUAAAUUUCAUGAACUCUUAUGGGAACCGGGGAAACAAUAAUCCUUCUAAUCAACAAAGGUGGAACCAAGGGAGCAAUUGGAAGCCACAACCCCAAUCCGGAGCACCUAAUUUUGGGCCGUCCAAGGAAACCACCAUGGAGGAUAUGAUGCAAUUCAUAUCCAAGAGCAUGGAAAGCAUGAAGGCUCAAAAUGAAGAGAACCAUAGUAGAGUGGAGGCAUCCAUUGGGAAUCUCCACUCUCAAUUCAACAAGUUGGAUCUUCGCUUUGAAGAUCAAAAUAUAAAGCUCAACCAACGCAUCGACACCAUUGAGCAAUAUACCAAGGCGUCAAUCCGAAACCUUGAAGUUCAAUUGGGGCAACUCGCCCAAAAGGUGAGUUCUAGAGAGCAAGGUAAACUCCCUACAACUACCGAGGUAAACCCGAGGGAGAGCGUCAUGGCCAUUACCACAAGAAGCGGGAGGCAAACGGAGGAUCCCAAGAUGCCGGAGAGAAGAAAGACACCGGAGGAACAAGAAGAGGUUUCACAUACACCGUUGCCACCUAUUAUGCCUCAAUAUGUUCCUCCCAUCCCUUAUCCACAAAAGUUGAAGAAGAAAGGAGAUGAGAAGAAACACAAGAAAAUUCUUGAUAUUUUCAAGAAAUUGAGCAUCAACAUACCUUUUGCGGAGUUCAUUGCGGAGAUUCCAUCAUACGCAAAAUUUCUCAAAGGCAUCAUCUCCAACAAAAAGAAGUUAAAGGAAUUCGCAACUGAAGCACUAACGGAGGAAUGUAGUGCCAUUAUUCAAAACAAACUUCCUCCAAAACUCAAAGACCCCGGAAGCUUUACUAUUCCAUGCUCUAUUGGAAAAAUCGGGGAGGUAAGGUCUCUUUGUGACCUUGAUGCUAGCAUAAAUCUUAUGCCCUACUCCCUAUUUAAAAAGCUAAGUGUGGGGGAACUCCAACCAACAACGGUUGCUUUGCAAUUAGCGGAUAGAACAAUCCGCUAUCCGAUAGGUAUCAUGGAGGAUGUCCUUGUGAAAGUUGGAAAAUUCUACUUCCCGGUAGAUUUUCUUGUUUUGGACAUGGAAGAGAUGGAAGUUCCCGUCAUCCUUGGGAGAUCAUUUUUGGCCACUUCCGCAGCCGUCAUUGAUGUGCAAGCAGGCACCGUAAAGCUAAGAGUGGGAGGAGACGAUGAAACAUUCAAUGUAUGAAAAACACAAUCCAUACCAACUCAAAACAUGGAGGUCAACACAAAUCCUUUCGUCCCUCAAACACACCACGGGAAUGAAAAGAAUGGACGGACAACUCCAUGGCCUCCCCACGAUCUCAAAAAGGUAACAUUCAUCAAACGUCUUCACACGUAAAAAGGUACGUUGCGUCCGGCCUAUGACGUUAAACUAAGCGCUAAUUGGGAGGCAACCCAACAAAUUCAAUUAUAAAUAAAUAUGUUUGGUUAAAUACAUAUUCAUAUUUAUUUAUAAUUGAAACCCAAAAAAAAACAAAAAAAAAAAAAACAAAAAAACAAAAAAAACAAAAAAAAAAAAGAAAAAGAAAAAAAAAGCAUCAUAUAAACUCAUGUAUCAUGCAUCUCCUACUCUCACAAGACGGCUCAUUCCGCUAUUGAAGAUUUCAUCCUCCAUUGCAUCCUCCAAUGUACAUUGAGGACAAUGUAUCUCAAGUGUGGGGGGUGCAUUUCAUGGUUAGUUAAACAAAUUUUGUGUGCAAAAAUAAUUCAUUUUUAGGAAGGUAAAAUUUUCAUAUUUCUCUUUUUAAUGGGUAUUUGGUUGAGAAAGUUUUUAUUAUUCACAUAAACUAUCAUUUUUUUUAGAUUUAUUACACCACUUUUACUCUUGAAAACCAUUCCCAAAAUAAACCUUGUGACUAGGAAACAUCAUCUUCUUCCAUGUCCAAAAAUGGUUUAAGUACAUCUCAAAUAUUCAAGAACCAUUUUGGAAAACAAGCCACCCUCAUAUCUCAUCAAAUAAAUUGGGAUGAUCAAAAUGACUUUCAGUAAAUGCUUGUUGAGAACCAAUUCAAAUGAGUAAAAAAAAAAGAAAAAAAAAAGAAAAAAAAAACUCAUGAUCUCUUUCAAGAAUUUCAACUGAUCCACUUCUAUACUGAAAAGUCAAAUACACCAAAAAGCCAUCCUACACCCCAAAAAGUCCUUGUCACAAUCCAUUCAUCUCCUCUCAAGUGUAUAAGUAAUUUUUCUAAAUCUAAUGAUAGUUUUGUGUGUCUAAUAGAAAUUUGGUUUUGGACCGAGAAAGAUAAAAGAGUUUACAUGAGUUUUUACCUCUCUUAAAAUUAAAUUAUUUUUGUUCAUAUAUUUUUGUUGAAACUAACCAAGGCAUCCAAAGUUGAAGAAAUUGCUUGAGGACAAGCAACGCUCAAGUGUGGGGGGAUUUGAUAGCCGUUAUAUUUACUUGUGUUUAACAUAAGUAUUUAUAAGUAUUUGUUGAAGAAAGGAAGAGAAAUCGGACAAAUACCUCCAGAAUGAGAGCUAGAGCAUAAAACAUUGCGAUGAACGACUUUUUAGACCAAGAGAAUGACGUUCUGCCCAUAAUUUGAGUAUAACGUAUUCUAUAGAACUCGAAAUCACUCGAUUCGAGUUUCAUGUGAAUGCUAACUCAAUAAGGUACAAAUGUUAUGAAGACGUCAUGGCCAAAAUAUGAAAGGAACAAGACUCAAUCAACCAACAAAGUCAGAUGUUGCUGGUGGGAUUUCAGGAUGCAUACCUCUCGGUAUUUUAGCCAUAACGUUUGAUUGGAUGAAUAAAAUCACGUCAUUCAAGUUUUGGUGGAUAGAAGACUUCAUUAUCUACAACUUUGGUGAAGAAAUCAUGUCCAAAUUCGUAGCGGAACAUCCCCAAAAUCCUGGGACAAAAACCGACACUUUUUGAUCAAUUUCGGAAGAAGAGAAAGGAAGCGCAUUUUUGGGCGUUGCAACCGGCGCCGGUCAGCCUAUAACCGGCGCCGGUUGGAAGGCUUUUUCGCACUAAACGAGCCUGAUUGCGACCGGGGCCGGUUCUAGACUGACCGGGGCCGGUUGGGACGAUUUCAGCUCAAACAAAAGGUCGUGCAAGAGGAUUUUUGAUGGGAAAACUUCACCUUCCCCAUCUCUUGAUCAAAUAUUGCUCCAUAACUGAUUGUUGGGCUCGAAUAGACUAAAAGAUGCCAUUCUUUAGCCUAUAUAAAACCUUCAAUUCAUCAAGAAAACACAUUCCAUUCCAUACUUUAAUUCCUAGUUUUCAUACUUUGUUUUUGCUAUUGUUCUUCAAGUUCUUGAGGAGGAAACUUCAACCUCCGAAACCAUUGGUGUUUAGGUAUUAUUUCCUUUGUAAUUUCAUGUUCCAUUACAUUUCAAUAUUUGUAUUGUGAUUAAUAUGAGCAUUAGAGGCUAAUUUCUUAACUAAGGCUAGGGAUGAACUUCUAUGCCCACUAGGUGUUUGAUAAAAGUUCUAAACCAAUAAAUUGUGAUUUAUCCUUUACAUUUUGAUUGUUUAUGACUAUGGUGUACAACAUAGAAGUAUGUUAAACUUAGUUUAUGCUUGCAAUUAACGUUGAGGUCUAAACUAUGAACACUAAAGGAUAAACAUAUAUAUUACCGAGAAUAGAAAUAUAUCCGGUAUUAUAUGAUACGGGUGUGAUGUCUUGAUAUUCAACGGGGUUUUCGGUAGAUGAAUGUAAGCCGUAACGGGACUUACACGUAACGAAAACCACGCUCUCGCUGCCUUAACCGGAGUUAAGAAUAUAUUAGUGACAUCGUAUUCAUAAUUAUUGGUAAAGAACUAAUAUUCAAUCCUAUUAAAGCAUUUAAGUGAUUCCCGAAGCCUUAG